CUCUCUCUCUCUCUCUCUCUCUCUCUCUGCUACUUCUGUCUACCCUUAUACAGAUCCAUCAGUCUCCUCUAUUUUCUCCCAUAUUCUGUCAUGGCAGAUCCCUACACUAAUUUCUUCAUAGGAAUCCACCAGCACUACGCUUUCACCUCCAAGCCACCUCCACCAUCAAUUGCUCCUCAAUUCUACAACUUGAGCACGCAAAGCUACACCAACGCGUUCAUCCCAGGGCAUCCACCCUCUCCUCCUCUUAGAGAGGCUCUUCCUCUCCUCAGCCUCAGCCCCACGAGGCACCAAGAGGAGGACGAGGACACCUCGUGCAGUGCCUCCACCGAAGUGGCCAAGAACAAGGCCUCAGGUGUCGAUGAUGAAGCGGAUGAUGCGGUGACUGUGGCUCUCCACAUCGGUCCCCCAAGCCCUGGUGCAGUUGAUCUGAUAUCAAGACUCCCCUCCACCUCAGAAGAUCGUAAUGGAGAAAAGGGAGCAGAAGGUGGCGACGAGGUGGUUCCUUUAGGCUACCCUUCCAAUCCCAUAGGAAAGCUCAACAAAGGCCAGUAUUGGAUUCCAACCCCUUCUCAAAUCCUUAUCGGACCUACCCAGUUCUCUUGUCCUGUAUGCUACAAGACUUUCAAUAGAUACAACAACAUGCAGAUGCAUAUGUGGGGACAUGGAUCGCAGUAUCGGAAGGGACCAAAGUCUCUGAGGGGCAUUCAACCUACGGCAAUGCUGAGGCUUCCAUGCUACUGCUGUGCUCCUGGUUGCAGGAACAACAUAGACCAUCCGAGAUCAAAGCCACUGAAGGACUUCAGAACCCUCCAAACGCACUAUAAAAGGAAGCAUGGAAUCAAACCCUUCAUGUGCCGCAAGUGCGGUAAGGCCUUUGCAGUGAAAGGAGAUUGGAGAACCCAUGAGAAGAACUGCGGUAAACUGUGGUACUGCGUCUGCGGCUCCGACUUCAAGCACAAGAGAUCACUGAAGGACCACAUCAAGGCCUUUGGGGGCGAGCACGCUGCAUACGACAUCAACUGCUUCGAGGAGGAAGACGAUCCAUCAUCGGAGAUCGAACAAGAUUGUCAUCAACGAAAUGAGCAAAGGUGACAUGAUUUUUAGCUAGUAGGUGCCCUCCGUUAUCGAGUUAACUAGCUCAUAAUAAUAUUGCUUCUUCGAAUGUCUUGGUUUCGGUAGUAUCAUGCCAAGUUAGAAGAUCAAUCUAUGUGGGCUAAGGUCUUGUACAUGAAGUCAUACUAUUAUCUUUACUUUGUUCGUGCUAGCCCUAAUAAUUUGCUAAUGUAAUGGAGUGAUCAGCUGUUAAAUUGUUAUGUUUCGAGGAACCGAUGAACAGCCUCUUUUGUUUUCCUUGUUUUCA